AUGGUGACUUAUGUUUCUAAAUUCAUACCAAAUUUAUCUCAAACAACACACAAUUUAAGACAAUUGCUAAAGAAAAAUAUAAUUUGGUAUUGGACAAGGGUACAUGAUGAAGAAUUUAACAAAUUAAAGAAUUUAUUAGUUACAGAACCAGUACUAGCGUACUUUGAUGAAAAAGAGUUAAUCACAUUAUCAGUUGAUAGCUCUAAAUCAGGGAUGGGUGCAGUUAUUUUACAAAAGGAACAACCAAUAAGUCCACAAAGGUAUGAUAAAAUCAAAGAAGGAACACAAAAAGAUACUGAAUUAAUAGAGUUAUUAAAAAUUAUAAAAGAGGGAUGGCCAGAACAAAAAAAAGCUGUAAAUAUAUUAGUUAAACCAUAUUGGUCAGUUCGAGCUGAAAUUACAGAAAUAAAAAGAAUAUUGUAUAAGGGUGAUCAAGUAAUAAUACCAAGUUGUCUUCGUAAGGAAAUACUAAAUAAGUUACACUAUGGACAUAUGGGCAUAAAUAAAACUAUUUUAAAAGCAAGACAAUUAAUAUAUUGGCCAAACAUUAAUAAUCAAAUAAUAGAUGUGAUAAAAAAAUGUUAUACUUGUGAGAAAUUCCAAAACUCGAACAUGAAAGAAACAAUUAUCAACCGAGAAUUACCUAGUAGACCAUGGGAAAUAUUAGCAGCAGAUUUUCUUCAUUUUGAUGGAAAAGAAUAUUUAAUAAUAGUGGAUGCUUUUUCCAAAUUUCCAGAAAUAAUUUGUCUCCAAAAUAACACCACUAGUCAAAAUGUAAUAAAAAAUUUCAAAGCAAUAUUAGCAAGAAAUGGAAUACCAGAUAUUUUAUACACUGAUAACGGACCUCAGUUUGUUAAUCAACAAUUUCAAACAUUUUUGCAAGAGUGGGAGAUUAGACACAUAACCACCAGUACUCCUAAUUAUCCACAGUCUAAUGGUCUAAUUGAAAGACAUAUACAAACGAUCAAAAAACUAAUGAAAAAGGCAAAGGAGGAAGGAAAUGAUAUGUAUUUAGUCAUUUUAGAAUAUAGAGCGACACCUUUGGACAAAUCAGUGCCUUCUCCAGCUGAAAUUCUAUUCAAUAGAAAAAUAAAAACUUUGAUACCUAUUUCUGAAAAUCUUUUAAAUAAUAACCCUAAAAACGAAUUAUACAAGAACCACUAUAGAAAUACUCAAAUUAUUCAGAAUACUUUCUACAACAAAAAAUCAAAAGAUCUUUAUCACCUGAAGAAGGGAGAAAGAGUAGUCGUUCAACAAAAAGAUAAAACUUGGAAACCGGGAAGAAUAGUAGAAGUAGAUAAGAACCGUCCAAGAUCAUACAAAAUAACCUAUGAUGGAAAAGCAGAUGUCUAUGAUAGAAAUCGUAAAUUCUUAAAGCAAUUUAAAGAUAACAAGCCGUAUAUAGAUAGGGAAGUUUAUGACAACGUUUUUGAACAUUAUUACAAUCUUAAUAAACCUUUGAUUACUAACAAUAACAAUCCUGUCAUUAACAAUAACGAUGUUUCGGAAACUCCUGAUCUAUCUUUACCCAAAAGUACUAAUAAUACCCAAAGUGAAAGUAGACCUGUUCGCAUUCGAAAAACUCCUACUUAUUUGAGCGACUAUGUUAAAUAA